GUGAAGAAAUCGAACAAUUUUCAAACCGAUUCAAGAAAAUCGAUCAAAGGUCGAUUCAUCUUCCGACUAGCCGGAGAAGAAGAAGAAGAAGGCGUCGACAGUUAAUCGAAGCAUAUGUAUAAGAAAUCGAAUAAUUUUCCGGUUACCAAAGUCUCCAACGGAAUCAAUUCAAAGCAUCCACCUGAUAGGGGUUAUGGCCAGCGAUCUAUUCCUUCAAUAUUCCAGUCCCGUUCUUCAAAAUCAAUUUCGUCGGGAAAUAUGAGUGGAGAUGAAAACAAUCAUCACCGCCGCGUAUCUCUCUCUGAUUUCCUCAAUAAAAAACUGCACAAGAGUUCCGUUUUGCCGAUUUCAGCUAGGGAUAAAAGCAAGGCUUCCUUAUCAACUGUUGCAGAUGAAAACCCUAGAACUUUACCAAUUGGAGAGCAAUCUGUAUUCAUGAAAACAAGGGAAGGAGUAGAGAGUUCUUCUGUUAACCUUGAUCUAGUAUUGAAUCAGUUCAAGUGUAACACUAAAGAGAAGGAGAAUGAGAAUUCCUCUAAUUCUCAUACUGAAAUGUCCAGGAAAAGAAAAUCGCCAUUUGCAGGUCUUGAAAAGAGUUCUAGAAAGCAUUUAGUGAUCAUAGGCGAUGGUGGUGGUGAUGAUACUGCAAGAAACAGGAACAAUCAUGGACAAAAAGAGAUGGUUAAGAGUGACAAUAUGCCUAAACAUCUAUUUAAUCAUUAUGCGAAUGGGAAAGGUUGGUGGGAUUCCGAUAUGGCUGGGGUGGAUAGUGAAGAAGUUGGUUGUAAUGAAGCUUGGGAAGGAUUAGGUUCCACAACACUUGGAGGUUUGGAAUGGCAUUGACAAUUUGUAUUAACCUUAUUGAAUAAACAAACAACAAUGUUCUUGAUUUUGUACUUGUUUUAUGAA